AUGAAUUAAGAUAAGCAUCCUGAAAUUACUGAUGAAGAGCAGGAACUCAUCACAGUAGAAGAACUUUCAUAGAAGCUUGAAUUGCUUUAUAAAGAUAUGGAAUAAAUUCGUAGAGAAAAUUUAUUGUUUGAAGCUUAUUUGGCGAGAAACAGGAAGGAAAUUGCAAAAGAAGAUGAAGUUUCGGAAGAUAAAAAAGGGAAAGGAAAAAAAAAGGAUAAAAAUGUUGAUAAAAAGAGCUUACUCUUGACAAACGAAGAAAAAUUCGAAAUAGCAUAAUAGGAAUAAGAUGCUUUGAAAAAGUAAAUUGAUGAUGGCCGUAUAAAAUCAGACUAAAUUCUUGAAACGUUAAGAGCUAUUCUUGAAGAAACAGACAUGGCAAUCACUGAAAUAAGAAAAGAUGCGUUUGAUUUCUAAAGAGAAAUUUUAGUUGGAGGUGAAAAUAGUAGAACUGGUAAGAUUGAAGCAGAAAAGAUCAUAAAAUUCUUUGAAGAGAAAGAAAGAUAAAAGGAUGCUUUGAUUGCUAAGUAUUCAUCUAAAAGAACAAACCUAGAAAGAUAAAUCUUAAAAACUAACAAUUAAAUUUAAAAAAAAGAAGAAAUGGGAGAUGACCUGAAAUUCAUUGAUUUUUAUUAAUUAUAAAUCGAAAAUAAGAAAUAUGUAAAGGAAAUCGAUGAUAAAAAUAAAAAGCUUCUAGCUUUAAAAAUAUCAACAAAUAGAAUCUCUUAAACUCUUAAAGAUGAGAAAUAAAAUUUAAAGUAAGAGCUGGAUAAAGGUAAAGAAUAUGCAAGCCAAAUGUCAGAAAGAAAAAAGAAAAUUUCAAAAAUUGAUGCAUAGAUAAAAUCUGUGAAAAAGGUUACUUCUAAGCUAGAAAAAGAUAGAAAAAUAUAUGAUAAAUAGAAAGAAAUUUUCGUGUAAGAUAACUAAGAUGACGUACCUUAGAUCAUGAAGUAUGUGCAGUACAAGAGUAAAGAGCAAUAGUUGCUAUAUGCUAUUUAAAAUUUAGAAAGAAAGAUAGAGAUUGCUGAAUUAGCUUAUAAAAAAGCAAAUAGAAUCUUAUAAUCUAGUUAAUAAUUCUAAUAAAAAUGA